CCAGCCAUGUCCCGUCCCCUGAGCGACCAAGAGCGGCGGCGCCAGAUCAGCGUGCGGGGCCUUGCGGGGCCGGAGAACGUGGGGGAGCUGAAGCGGGGCUUCAACCGGCACCUGCACUUCACGCUCGUCAAGGACCGCAACGUGGCCACCCCCAGGGACUAUUACCAAGCGCUGGCGCACACCGUGCGCGACCACCUCGUGGGGCGCUGGCUCCGCACCCAGCAGUACUACUAUGAGAAGGACCCCAAGCGCAUCUAUUACCUCUCGCUGGAGUUCUACAUGGGCCGCACGCUGCAGAACACGAUGGUGAACCUGGGGCUGCAGAGCGGCUGCGAUGAGGCCCUGUACCAGCUGGGUCUGGACAUGGAGGAGCUGCAGGAGAUCGAGGAGGACGCGGGGCUGGGCAAUGGCGGCCUGGGGCGGCUGGCGGCCUGCUUCCUGGACUCCAUGGCCACCCUGGGCCUGGCCGCUUACGGCUACGGGAUCCGCUACGAGUUUGGGAUCUUCAACCAGAAGAUCUCGGGGGGGUGGCAGGUGGAGGAGGCCGAUGAUUGGCUGCGCUACGGGAACCCCUGGGAGAAGGCGCGCCCCGAAUACACGAUCCCGGUGCACUUCUAUGGGCGCGUGGAGCACGGCCCCGACGGAGCCCGAUGGCUCGAGACACAGGUGGUGCUGGCGCUGCCGUACGACACCCCCGUACCCGGGUACCGCAACAACACCGUGAACACCAUGAGGCUCUGGUCGGCCCGCGCGCCCUGCGACUUCAACCUGAAGGACUUCAAUGUCGGGGGGUACGUUCAGGCCGUGCUGGACCGGAACCUGGCUGAGAACAUCUCCCGAGUGCUGUACCCCAAUGACAACUUCUUCGAGGGCAAGGAGCUGCGGCUCAAGCAGGAAUACUUCGUGGUGGCGGCGACGCUGCACGACAUCGUCCGGCGCUUCAAGUCCGCCAAGUUCGGGAGCCGCGACCCCGUGAGGACCUCGUUCGAGGCCUUCCCCGACAAGGUGAGAGCUAAAACCUGCCGGAAACACCCCAAAACCAGCGUCCCAGAGCUCAUGCGGAUCCUGGUGGAUGAGGAGAAGCUUGGCUGGGACAAGGCCUGGGCGGUCACGGUGCGCACCUGCGCCUACACGAACCACACGGUGCUGCCCGAGGCGCUGGAGCGCUGGCCCGUGCGGCUGCUGGAGACGCUGCUCCCGCGGCACCUCCAGAUCAUCUACGAGAUCAACCAGAGGUUCCUGGAUCGGGUCUACGCCGCCUUCCCCGGGGACCACGAGCGGCUGCGGCGGAUGUCGCUGGUGGAGGAGGGCGCCGUGAAGCGCGUGAACAUGGCGCAUCUCUGCAUCGUGGGCGCGCACGCCGUCAACGGCGUCGCCCAGAUCCACUCCGACAUCCUCAAGAACAGCGUGUUCAAGGACUUCUAUGACCUGGAGCCCAAGAAGUUCCAGAACAAGACCAAUGGGAUCACGCCGCGGCGCUGGCUCCUGCUCUGCAACCCGGGGCUGGCCGACGCCAUCGCCCAGCGCAUCGGGGAAGGUUUCGUGUCCGACCUGGACCAGCUCCAGAAGCUCCGCGGCUUCGUGGAUGACGAGAGCUUCAUCCGGGACGUGGCGGCCGUCAAGCAGGAGAACAAGGUGAAGUUCGCGGCGUUCCUGGAGAAGGAAUAUGGGGUGCGCGUGAACCCGGCCUCGCUCUUCGACGUCCAGGUCAAGCGCAUCCAUGAGUACAAGCGGCAGCUCCUCAACUGCCUCCACGUCAUCACCCUCUACAACAGGAUCAAGAAGGACCCCAGCAAACCCAUUGUGCCCCGAACCGUCAUGAUCGGGGGCAAGGCUGCCCCCGGGUACCACAUGGCCAAGAUGAUCAUCAAGCUGGUGACGUCCAUCGGGGACAUCGUCAACCACGACCCGGCCGUGGGCGACCGCCUCCGGGUGCUCUUCCUGGAGAACUACCGCGUGUCGCUGGCCGAGAAGGGUGCGG